UGUCAUUUGAUAAAUAUUUUUGUCUUUGGACACCAUUGGUUUGUCAAUUUACUCAUUUUUUGAUUUCAGAAGGUCGUGAAAUUGUUAGAUUAUGGACGAAAUUGAAAAGGAGAAAAUAGCGGCUCUUCCGUCACAAUUACUUGUAACGACAAUAUGCCAUCCUAUGGAAUAUGCGAAGGUUCUCAUACAGCUCGGGUACGAGCCUAUGGCACCGCGCCGCUCAACAACUCUUUUCGGCCGUCCUGCCAUGAUAUUACCUAACGUUUUCCAAUAUAUCAAGUACAUCAAGACCCAAGAUGGAUUUUUCGGGUGCUACAGAGGCCUCUCCGCGCGAGUACUUGGACUGAUCGCGUCUAGUCAACUUUCUGCGAAAGCGAUCCACGCUUGUGGCAUUGACCUACCCGAAAUCACUGAUCCUCCCAAUAUUGUCAAUGAUGAAGAACCCAAAGUGGAGGAUUACAUCAAGCUCGGACGUCGAGACCUGAUAAUGCACGCUGCUUCAGUUAUCGUAUCGUACCCAUUCCAUGUGGUGUCAGUCAGAAUGAUGGCAUCUUUCAUCGGGAAAGAAGAGGAGUACAGCUCGUUAAUUGGUGCUAUUGUAUCGAUCUACAGAGAUGACGGCAUACGUGGAUUCUUCCAUGGGAUUAUUCCUAAAUUACUUGGAGAUUUGACAUGUGUAGCCGCGACCGCAGUCAUGGCAUACUAUGUAAACAAAUAUCUAGUGAAAACUAAGGACCUGAGAUACUACACAGUCCCUCUCCUGACAUUUGUGACCAGUACAAUAACCUAUCCAUUGGUUGUUGUAUCAACCUGUAUGGCUGUAGCUGGCUGCAGCUUGAAGGCUGGCAAUCCACCGCUGAUGCCGGUGUACCCGUCUUGGCAAACUUGCUGGAGAGACUUGUUGAGGAACAAACAACACAAGCGAGGCUCAUCCCUAAUCUUUAGGUACUACAUUGCUCCUAUUGCAGUCUUGCAAUAAUCACUUCAAUCCUAAAUAUUAAUUGCAUUUAUCUGUUUCUGUUUAUUUGCUAAGUGUUAUUCCACAACCACCAAAGUAGUUUCAACCUCUUGUAGAGAGUUUAUAUGUACAAUGGAAAGUGUAAAUAAUUUUAGUAUAAAUGGUGUACUAUGUGGUUAUUCGUUUUGCUAGAU